UUGUUUUCUUUUGUAAAAUCAUAAUCGUCCUAAUAUCCAGAGUCUGAAAACAGAUUGAUCACUCUGUCUCGAAUUCUUUCAAUCUCAGAAUUCUACUAAUACUCAAGAAGAAGAAGAACGAAGGGACGUCGUAAUGGCGUUGAAGUUUCUGAACAAGAAGGGGUGGCACACGGGGAGCCUCCGGAACAUAGAGAACGUGUGGAAGGCGGAGCAGAAGCACGCCGCCGAAGAGAAGAAGCUCGACGAGCUCCGCAAACAGAUCGUCGAAGAAAGAGAACGCUCCGAGUUCCGUGAGCUCCAGGAGCAAGCCGGCCUCGUCCCCAAGCAAGAACGAUUGGAGUUCCUCUACGAUUCCGGAUUGGCCGUAGGGCGCCCUGGCGGCUCUGAUAAUUUCAAGGAAGCCUUCACCAAAGCUGAAGAACCGUCUUCUUCCUCCGCCGCUGCCGCUGCCACCGCUAAGGAGGCAUCAUCAUCUGCGCCGGGGGCUCUGUUCGCAGCAGACAAGCCUCAGUCUGCCAAUGAUGCAUGGAGGAAGCUUCACUCGGAUCCUUUGCUUAUGAUUAAGCAGCGAGAGCAGGAAGCCCUCUCUCGGAUCAAGAACAAUCCUGUCCAGAUGGCUAUGAUUCGCAAACAAGUUGAAGCAAAGAAGCCUAAGGAAAAAGAGCGUGACAAGAAGGAACAUCGGAAGAAACACCGUAAAGAUUCUUCAAAGCACCGGAAGCAAACGUCUGAUUCAGAAGAUGACACAGCUGAUAUGGAAAGGAGGAAGAAUAGUCAUCGUAAGGCAUCAAAAUAUGUUAAGCAUUCAGAAGCAGAGGAUGAACCACAUGAAAAAGCACAUCGAAGUGAGAAGAACCAUGUUAAGCAGUCAAAUGUUGAAGAUGAAUCACGUUAUAGAGCACGCCAAAGUGGGAAAACCCAUGCUAAGUAUUCAGAUUCUGAAGAUGAAUUGCGUAGCAAAGCACGUAGUAGUGAUAAAAACCAUUUUAGGCAUUCAGAUUUGGAGGAUACAUCACGUAACAGAGCACGUCGAAGUGAGAAGAACCGUGUUAAGCAUUCAGAUUCAGAAGAUGAGCUACAUUACAGAAGAAGUCGAAGUGAGAAGAACCGUGGCAAGCAUUCAGAUUCAGAAGAUGAGCUACAUAACAGAAGAAGUCGAAGUGAGAGAAACCGUGGUAAGCAUGCAGAUUCAGAAGAUGAACUACAUAACAGAACAAGUCGAAGUGAGAAGAAGCAUGUCAAGCAUUCAGAUUCAGAAGACGGGCUACAUAACAGAGCACGUCGAAGUGAGACAGAUCAUGCCAUAACAAGGGCAAAAGACGACGGUCAAGGUAUUGUCAAGGGAAGACAUGAAAAUUCAGAACAAGAAAACUAUUCCAUGAGAGGUAGAAAUGAAUCCCACAACAAGCGUCGGUUUGUUCCACCUAAACUUUCAGAAGAAGAAAGAGCUGCUAGGCUAAAGGAGAUGCAGAUGGAUGCUGAGUUGCAUGAAGAACAAAGAUGGAAACGUUUGAAGAAGGCUGACGAGAAUGAUGCACGAGAAGCUACCCAAGCUAUCAGAUCUGGCGGUAAGAAUUUCUUGGAUGCUGUUAAAACUAGUGUUUAUGGUUCUGGGAAGGGAGGAAGCUCAACAAUAGAGGAGAGUGUCCGUCGCAGAACACAUUAUUUGCAGGGCAGGUCUGAAGCAAGUGAAAGCAAUGCAUUUCGACGGUAAUGCCAUUGCAUUCUGUUGUUUUAUCCUGUUACAGUGAUUCUAGCUGUUUGCUUUCCUUUGUUCUACAUAAUUUACAGACCAAUAGUUGAUGCUUCUCCAUGUGUAAUGAUAACUGAAUGUAACCCUGGUUAUCAAUCUAUUUGAAAAAUCAUUGUUAUUUCCUUUGA